AUGUCCGACAACAUCGUACAACCUCGUCCACGGCGAGUGUUUAACCUCACUCCUUCGCCCAACGACACGCCCGAAUCCUCUACACCGGCCGAACCCGCCAACCCCGACCUCUUGACCCCCAAUGAUGCCGGGUCCACCACUGUCAGCCGAACUGGCUCGAUCAUGAACCUGACUUCGUCCACGCUAUACGGCAUCUAUUCCCCUACGGCGUUUGAAGGCUCCCGGGACGAAUCGAGUCCCUGGGGCACCGAAGCUCAGACGCCGACCACAGAGCUUCCGAACCCUAUACGCAAGCCAGAAGGAUCGGACGGAGUGGCUCGACAGAUGACACGGUCGCGACUGAGCCACGGACUUUUCCGGGGAGUGAUUUUGCCUCAGACGCUAAAAAGCGCUCUCCUUUUCGGCUUCGGCGUCGUCUACGGAAUCAUUACAAUCCAUCUGCACGAGAAUCACUGGAUUACACCUGUGAAACUGGAGAAUACCCACUUCUAUGGCUCCCUGGAAUAUCUUGGAUUAUGGGGAAUUGCGGGCGUGGCGUUGGGAAAUGUGCUUCCCUGGCUCGACACCUUUUCGGAAGACGGAGGUGUCGACGACUCGAAGGCCUCGCGGAAUGAGGAGGAGACUGAAGAACGCACCCGGUCCUGGGUGGCUGCGGUUCGAAGCGUGGGAGCUUUUGUUGGUGUCGCCUUUGCCAUGCGGAGAACUCCGUGGGCAUCCACCACCCAGGCGUCAGCGACAUUAGCCCUGACGAAUCCCGUCCUCUGGUACCUCAUCGACCGAACGAUCACCGGCUUUGUCAUGUCCACCGUCGUCGGUGUCGCCGGGAUGGGCAUUCUAUUAAAACUAUGGCCAGAGCUAGUGCCCGCGUCUGCCAACGGCACUCCAGCGGUACCUCCGCUUCUCAACGGCACUCUGUGGGACUAUGGGCUAGCCACGGGGUUCACGCAGGAAAGCAUCGCGGUGCGCACGUUUGUGGCCAGUGUUCUGUUCUCCGCCUGCGUGUGUUUUGGAAACAUCGGGCGGCAAUUGGCAAUUGGAGCUCGUCGGGACAGCGUCAAGUCGUGA